AUGGCUUCGUUCCAGUCAACGCUGCCAUUCUUGCCAAAGACGGCCAGCAACAGCACAAACACUCACGGUCAUAAACAUAGCCUUAGCAAUUUUUCCAAUGCUUCAGUGUCCAACCGACGAACUUCCUUGGCCUCAUUUCACUCUUCGCGCCCCGAAUCGCAAAUGUCACAGGCCUCACCACCCCCCUCGAGGUCACCUCUACCUCCUGGCCCAGAAGUCGAUCGCCUUUCCGACCCCAAUUCCCGGUCAAAGACGCCUUCGACUGGUCUCUCCUCCCAGCAUUCGUCUCUGUCCGCUCCCCGACGAACCAAUCCUCAUGCUAGACAAUCGAGAAAGCUUCGCCCUCAGUACCCGCGAAGCUCUACCGAAAACCAUGUUGAAUACAUUCUUGUCGCAUCCUUCGAUAUCGAUCGAGGUCCUGUUAUGGAACAUCAAUACCCGGUCGCGAUCACGGGAGACGAGAAUAUGCUGGCUGAGCUCAUGUUGCCGGAUCAAGCCCACGCCCGCAACCAGGACUGGACCAUAUUCUUUCUUCACAAGGACACAAGCCAAGAAGAGGAGGACGAGGAGCGCAAAACUAAAGAAAAUCGAAAGAAAAGGCGAAAGAGACGACGUGAUAAGGCGGCUGGUAUAAUAGAUGAGGAGGACGAGGAAAACGAGGAGGAUCUACCAGAAGACGAAUGGGACAACGACGAUGAUGAUGAUGAAGACGACACCGAAUCUGAUAGCGAACCUGAGGGCGGCGAAGGCCCUCCCCUAAUUUAUGUGCUAAAUCUGGUCAAUACUAAACAUGACAAGUCGGUCAAGCGAGGGGCCAUUGUCAAGGCCAUGGCCAUCUGCACGCGGCAUCCCUUCCUGCAUAUAUAUAAGCCGCUGCUCUUAUUGGCUUUGGAGGAGUAUUUCAAGGCGCCUGUGCCAGAGACAUUAGCCAUGCUAUACGACUCAGUCAACGCCAUGGACUUAUCCCUUAUGCCCAGACUUAGCCUUCUCGAGCGUCAUCUGUUACAAGCAAGCGAUAACAGGGAUCUCUUUGUGGAGAAAUUCGAACAGAUGAUUCAGAUGCGGAUAGCCGAAGACCAACGCGAGGAGGCAGUAGACCAGUCAUUGGAGGCGACCAAGAGUCCAACAAGACAGACGGGCAUAUCAAGAGCUGGCACAAAGGCUCAUGUUGAGGGCGGCCAGUCAGUUUACUCUGUUCCCCGCGACACGCAUGAGUUCGAGAGCAAGGUCAUGUAUAAGGGCAUACCAAUCCCUAUUAAAGUGCCAGUUGCUGUCAUGCCUGAAACCGUCGGUGACUUUUCACUUAUUAAACUCAUUCAGAACUUCUCAGAUUCUCAUCAAAAGUCGCCUCAGCCCUUUGCGCUGCACCCUCAUCUCACUACCAAUGGAGUCAACACACACCCAAUCAUUAUUCUCGCAAAUGCGCUAUUGACGCAAAAGAGAAUCAUAUUCCUGGGACACAACAUGCCCUCAGGCGAGGUCGCAGAAGCUGUCUUAGCCGCGUGUGCGCUGGCAUCGGGCGGCAUCCUUCGUGGGUUUACACGACAUGCUUUCCCGUACACCGAUUUGACCAAAAUCGACGACUUGCUCAACGUACCCGGUUUUAUCGCUGGUGUAACAAACCCGACAUUCGAGCUUCAUCCCGAGUGGUGGGACGUCUUGUGCGAUUUACCCAGUGGAAGGGUCAAGAUCAGUACAAAGAUCGAUUCUGCCCCUGUGACAGAGGGCCUGCAGUACUUCCAGCAACAGAAUGCAGCUUUUGCGUCGAUCGCAAGCGGUACCACGAGUACAAGCCAAGACUACACGAAUGACAAUGCAUUUAUGGCGGAUGUUCUAAGGAGCAUAGCAGCAAGACAUGGCGAGAGAGUCAUCCGAGCAAAAUGGCGUGACUGGGUCGCGAAGUUUACGCAGAUUGCGGCCAAAUUCGAAGAGGGCGUUUAUGGAGCUAGUGCCUUGUAUAUCGGAGGCGAAGACCAGGACUUGAUGCCGCCAGGUGCCAAUGGACACGGCUACGUCUGGCCGGACGAUACGGCAAAGCAUAAAGAGCUUGCUGGUAAUGUGACAAGAAUCGAAGGAUGGCGCAAUACUCGAAGUUAUUAUAGCUUCAUCCAGGACUUGGCACAGAUUUACACCAUUAGGCCGCUAAAAGGUCUUGAUCUGGCCCAUCUCCAUGACCGUCUCCGUAUGCAGCGUUUGACGCCGGCACAAAGUAGAGACAUUUAUCUAACCGUUUCGAAACACGUCCACACAUACGAUGAGAUUUGUCUGCUACUCAGUGUUGCCCCAGAGUCUCACGCUGGACUUUUCUAUCUAGGCCUCGGUUUAUUCCACAAAGAUCGUGAAGUCCGUCUCAGGACUGCAGAUUUGUUAGAGCGUAUCGCCGACCACGAAGCGGGACAGCACUGGUGGAGGAGUCUCAGUCGCUUUGAGAAGCUGGCGUAUAUGCGUCUGCGUCGAGAGGUGGACGCGGAGAUGCAAGCGAAGCUUGAAAAGGAGGGGAUAAGCGCAGAGAUGGAGCGAUUGGCGGCGACCUGA